AUGGUUUGGACGCCGAUCAUGGAAUUAGAAACGCCUCGAACACCGUCAGCUAACACUUAUCACAUUUUGAAAAAUCAUUCUUCUCAUGUUCUGCAAUACCAUCCAACAACAGCUGCUUAUCGCUUAUACAAUGGUAUGCCUCGUUCGGAUGUUCGCUACACGGGAACCGUUACGGCGCAAUCUGAGAAUUCAAUAACAAAAACAUUCUUAACAUCAACUGAUUCAUCUGAAAUAAACACUUUACCAUCGCACUACGAUAAUAUUCCUUCAUAUUUUUCUAGUUCAUCAAUUGUGCCUGUAGCACAAGCAAGUAACAUUUCUGGGUACUACAAUUCGUCUUGUUCCGUCAAUGACGUAUGUAAUCAAUGGAGUUACGGACAACCUGCUUCUAUAUUACCAAGCUACUCACACGGUUACGGUGGAUUAAAUUCUAGCUAUCAAUAUCCUGACUUCAUUCAACCUUCUGUAAACGGUGUUCCAUGGAUGUGUCGUGAGUUUGAUUCAAAACGAAAGCGAAUGACUUAUUCUAGACAUCAACUUCUUGAACUGGAAAAAGAAUUUCAUUUUAAUCAUUUCCUUAAAAAAGAGCGUCGCACAGAGUUGUCAAAAAAACUAAAUUUGUCAGAAAGGCAGAUAAAAAUAUGGUUUCAAAAUAGACGUAUGAAGUUUAAAAAGGAGAUGUUAAAAGGAACGAUAAAUGAUUCUUCUAUUGAAAAUUCUAGCACUUUAAAAACUGAUGUUUUAAACGAAUAA